UCCGCUUCCCUGUUGUGCGACCGUUGUGCUAAGGCAGGAGCGGAAUGCAGAGAAACAACGAGGCCAGCGCCGGCGCUGUUCUGUUCGCUCGCCGAGCGAAAUUAGAAGCAUAGACCUGUUCGACCUCGGGCCGGCCGUUGGUUAUGUAGAUGGGACGCCCAGGUCAUCGACUGGUCCCUCCCACGUCAUGACAGCGUUGAUGGGUCACCCUUCUUCCAACCUGCACGUUGACGGAAGCGAGACGGCCGCCGGCGGCUUCGGUGCGCCGGACGCCGAGCACCAUCUGCUGGCGCUUCAAAUGCCCCCAACUUCGCGCGAGUCACUCGCAAACUUGCUAGCAGACGCUGUAUCUGCUUCAUGUAUGCCGGGGAUGUCCUUUUACGACGCCACCGCCCAAGCUCCAUUGAUGGGGACCGACGCCGACCACGAAGAUGCUAGGAGCUUCUUGUUCUCCCAGCUGACGGCCGUGAGCCAAAGGGCCAUGCGGACAGCCCGCCGUCUUUCCCGCUCCGGCACAGGAGCAGGCGCAACCACCCUGAUGGUGUCGUCGCCCGAGGUGACCGAGGCUUUGGAGGACACGAAUACGCUGAUAAGCACCGUCAACGACAUUAUGAACGUGGUAGCGACGGCAGGAUGCGACGAGUCAAUGACCACGACCGAUUGCGCCGGACUAGCCAUCUCGGCUCUCGCCUGUUACCAAAACCUCAUGACGCUCUUCCAAGCCAUAUGCGAUGCCAUAAAGGGCAGACUGCAGGCCAAGAAAGAAGAGCGGGAACAACAGCAAGAACAACAACAACAACAACAACACGCCGCCCGAGACAACAGCGGCGUGGGACCUCUCAAUGUCGCCCAGUUCGUCAUGGUGCUGCAAUUGCUGAUGCAUCUCAUCAGUCGCAUGGGCCGCAUCUUGGAGAUAUCGAACACGACGGCUGAGCAGGAGAGCCAGUUUAUCGCACCCGCGGCUAUGCUCGACGGCAGUACCAUGGCCACCGACGACUAUGCCAUUGACAUUGGCCCCGAUCAGUCUACUGCAUCGUCGGCCACAUCAACCCACCACUCGACGCCGCACCGCAGUGGUCUGCUCGAGCAUGUGCAAGAGAUUGUCGAAAACAUACCUAGUGAGCGUGAGAGACUGAGGCGCAUUAUUCAACAACUGCAGGCGGAAAUGGACCAUGCAGAAAUACACUAGAGGUCGCGAGAUGGGUAACAUUGUACACCUGCGGCUAUAGAGGUUCAAUAUAAAGUU